CCGUUAGCCCCCAGUUUAGUCGGGGUGUGUGUGUGUGUGUGUCAUACUAUUUGGGGGUCCUCAUUCCUGGAGGACUGCUUGGUUCAGCAGCUUUUCUCCUUGCAUUGAGACAGUUUGGUAUGACUCCCACUGGACAACACACAGAUGCAUGAUAUUGGCUCUGACGUCUAAGGGCACAGCAGAUAGAAGAUCAUGGAAGAACUCACUCUGCUACUCUGGCUCCUGAUAGUUCCUCUUCAAUCAUUUGUACUUCAGCCCAAAGUGGAAAUGAUCCCCAUAGAAGACUCGGUCAGAGAAACAGAUCCCUGGUCAGACUGGAGACCUGAGAGACUAAGGGAGACCCCAACAGCAGAUGAAGAGGAGGGUGAAGAACUCACUGCAACCCACCCUGAAGAGAGGAGGGAGGAAGAGGGGAGGAGCGAGGAAGGACUAACUCUAGAGACUGACUCUGAGAAGUGGAGAAUAGAGGAGGAGAAGGGGGCAGCAGAGCAGGAAGGCCAUGAGGAAGAGCGAGGGAUGGAGGAAGAGAGAACGCUGGUUGGAGGGCUUGAUUACAGAGAGCAGAAGAGAUUUAAAAAUUGGGAGAUAGAAGCUGAUGAGGAACAUGAARAGGAGGAGRAGAGAAGAGAUAAUGGAGAGGGGAGACAUGAAGAAGGGAUUAGAUCAGAUGAUGAGGAGAGAGAUGGUAAGGAACAGAGAUCAUAUGGAGGAGAGGAGAAACUAGAAGAAGACCUGAGAGUUGGGGAAGUUAAAGAACCCAGUGUAGAUCAAAGCGAGGGAGACUACUUAGUAGUUACACACAUAGACCUCCCCCCUCCAACCAGCACUUCCUCCUCUCCUGUAGAAAAAAUAAUGGACACUCAACCUGUCAAUCAAGCUAUCAACAAACCCAUGUCCCCUCCCCCUGCAGAUAUGCCUGUUCCACUUUAUGAUGUCACUCCUCCACCUGCCACUCAAUAUGGCCCUCCCCCAGUUACACCCUCUAUCCCCUCUGCUCCAGAGGCAGAGGAGGCCAUCUCAUUGGCGGAUAGUGAGCUCAUUAUUGUUCAGAGUGUGACUGACAGCUCCCAGACCAACCUCAGGGAGUGGGAGAGUUUUGUUUCCCAGGCUAUGGAGGAUAAAGUUGGCCCAAUUGUCAAGGUUUCAAUCAAUGACAAUCAGACUGAGAGGAACAGCAUUGUCUUUCUCAAAGAGACAGAAAAUACAGUCAAGCAGCUAAAGUCUACAACCAAACCAAAACAAGAAAAACCCACAGCCAAGGAACUGCAACCUACAGCCAAACCAAAAGAGAUGACAAAACCAACAGCCAAGGAACUGCAACCUACAGCCAAACCACAAAGAGAUAACAAAACCAACAGCCAAGGAACGCAACCUACAGCCAACCAAAAGAGAUAA